AUUUGAGUUGUUAGCCGAGAAUUGAAGCUAAAGCUGCAUUUGAAUCACUACUGGACCAAAGACGGGAAGAUGACACCGGUGUUCGGCGGAAUAGAGGGCGGUGGGACCCACUCCAAAGCUGUGCUGCUGUCCGGGGAAGGGAAGGUCCUGGCAGAGACGGUUGGACCCUGCACCAACCACUGGCUGGUCGGUGUGGACAAAUGUCUGGAAACCAUCAACGACAUGAUCCAGAGAGCCAAGAUCCAAGCAGGACUGGAUCCAAACAUGCCGUUACGCUUACUGGGUAUGUCUCUGAGCGGAGGGGAUCAGAAAGACGCCAUCGAUAAUCUGAUCGCUGUCAUGAAGGAACGUUUCCCGACCCUCAGCGAGCACUACUUCAUCACCACCGACGCCAUCGGAGCCAUGGCCACAGCCAGCGAUCGGGGAGGUGUCGUCUUGAUAUCAGGAACCGGCUCCAACUGUAAAUUAGUCAAUCCUGACGGCACACAGGUGGGCUGCGGCGGCUGGGGUCACUUGAUGGGAGAUGAAGGAUCAGCUUACUGGGUGGCUCAGCUGGCCGUUAAAACAGUGUUUGACGCCCAAGACAACCUGGUGGCGCCGCCUCACGACAUCACGCGUGUCAGAGAAGCCAUGGAGGAGUACUUCCAGGUGUCAGAUCUGAUGGGGAUGCUGCCACACCUCUACAGAAACUUCAAGAAGUCUUUCUUUGCUGGUUUCUGUAAGAAGGUGGCCGAAGCUGCGGAGACCGGAGACGCUCUCAGUCAGCAUGUGUUCGCUCAGGCUGGGAGGGUCCUCGCUAAACACGUAGAAGCAGUUUUACCUGCUGCACAGGAGCCGUUAUUAAGCGGCGAGCUGGGGCUGCCCAUCCUGUGUGUGGGCUCCGUGUGGAAGAGCUGGUCUCUCCUGAAGCCAGGGUUCACCGAGGUCAUGGGUGCGGCUGCGGCCUCGCACGAGCUGAAGGGCUACAGCCUCCUGAUCCUGCAGCAGUCCUCGGCCCUGGGCGGAGCUAGACUCGGGGCUCAGAGUCUGGGCGCCUCCAUCGACAUGGACUACGCUGCGAACGCCGACGUCUUCUACCGGCACUCCUUCAGCGGCGACAGCUAAAGGCAUCGCUGUGAGAGUUUACGACCAAUGAAAACCCUUCAGUCGUGGUUUGAGGAGUGUUUUGCACACGAUUUAGACGAUGAGUUGUUUUAGCUGCACGGCUUUUAUAACAAGAACAUGUGAAUUUUUAUUGUACUAUAAAAGCUGAUUUUUUUUUGUACUUUUUGAUUAUUCGUUCGUGAUUUCUAAUGAACAAAUCCUGGUGAUGUUGGAAAAAAACUGCACUUUAAAAAAAAAUAAACCCUUCC